AUGGCGGUAAGAAAAGUUGCUCUUCCCGUCGAUGAAAGUGCUCACAGCGAGCAAGCUUGUGACUGUAAGUAUUACUUGACAUUAUAUUUUCGUGUUUGAUUGUUUAAACCCGGCCCUAGUCAAUUUUUUUAUGACUUCUAGCAAGAUUGAAUAACACCCUAGGUGGUACUCUUUAUGAUCGAUAAUUUCUUCGCAUCGUCUUUGCUUGUUUCAUGUUGUUUAAAUGCGAUAUAUAUAUAUAUUUUUUUAAGUGAAACUUUCAUUGAUCGUAAAGGAACUAAUGCCUCUGACUAGCACACAAAGAAACUAUCUAUAGCUAUUGCGUACUUUAAUACGUGUGUAAGGUUUAUGCUUUGCUCGUGCAUGAUGUAGUUUGGCUGUGGGAGAUCAUGUUGCCUUUUAUUCUUCACUUAUAAACCGUCUUAAAUUGGCUUUUCAAGCUGUAAAAUAUGAAUGGCCUGGAAUAAGCGCUUUUCCCAUGGGAUGCAAAAAGAUAGCCUGUUAAUUUAAUUUAAUUUAAUAUUUCCACUCUUGCAUAAAUUAACUAUAAAUUCCUGUGUCGCCUCCCGUGUUGGUUGGGAGAUCUUCCGAUCACAUGACAAGGAGAGUGACUUUUACGUGAGCACGGCAGUGUCGUGUUUUGAUCAUUGAAUUAAAAUCUCUGUCUCUUUUCUUGGAGGUGACUUUUGCAGGUGUAACUUAAUUUCUACUUUAAAAAACAAAUGAGGGGAGGAGGGCAAACCUCUUCAUUUAGGUGUGUGUCACUCAAUGAGGUCAUAAUUUUGGAAGUGUUGGAGACUGAACAGUUUUGCUGUUAGCCAUAUGUUCCAUGUUUUUGAAGAACAGUAUCAUACUUGCCAAAUUCUGGGCAGGAGAUUUUUUAUCUUGUGUGGCAGAUUUUUUCCUCUUGUGCCACAAAGCAUCUCAUGUUCCUCUUUCCUCCCCCACUUUCAUCCCAAGAAAGCAUAUAUGCCAUCUCUCCCGGAUACAGCACUGAUCUCCUGCUCUCCUGUAAGGGACACAAAAUCUCCCAGAUUAAAUGGGCUUUUGAGCUUUUCUGUGCUUCAGUUUAAAUUAUUUAGCCCAUUUCUUCUCUCAAAAUUCAAACUUUUUUUAUUCAUUGUACAGUUUCUGGCACAUUUUUGCAUGUAUUUAGUCACUGACAAAGAUGAAAGCAAAUUUUGAUAGCCUGUACUUCAUGCAAGACUUCAUAUAAUGUCCUAAGCCAAGGCAGCUGGGUCAAUUUGUGGGCAAGGGGAGUUUUGUAGGGCUGUUGACAUUCAGCAAGGGGGGGGGGGGGGGGUUGGGGGGUUGAGGGAAAAAAAAGGGGUUCCAAGUUUUUGGAUUGCGUGGGUUUGGCUUCUUUAAAAAAGGAAAAACAAACACAUUCCCACACCUUUGAAUAUCCGUUUUUUAAAAGAACCCAAAACCCUAAAUUUGGGGGGGGGGGGGGGGGGGGGGGGAUUGGAGCUGUAGUGCAAAAUAGAGAGUCUCCAGAUUUUGGAUAUCCUGAGGUUGGCAUCUCUGAAAAAGGGAAAGCAAAACACUUACCACAACCUUGAUUAUUCCGUUAUUCACAGAAGCCUAAACUCCUAAAUUUUCAAACUGAUCCUGAUCAAGGGUUAUUAAAAUUUAAGAUGAAGAAGUGCCUCAACAGUCCCAGCAUCAAAGAAGCAGUAGUUAAGGUCUGUUUCAAUUUGCAUUUCACAUGUGCCAAAUCUAGCGCAGAUGAGCGAGAAUGAUUAUAGAUUUUUCUUAUUAUUCUUAAAUUUGGCACAUGUGAUCCACGAUUCACUUGUAAUAAAUUGUAGGAAAGUUCUUAUUUUGUCCUUUUUGUACAGGGUACCUAAGUAACAUGAAACAUGAUAACGACAAGGUGUUUGUGAUACAUGUUACUGAGAUGCCUCACAUGCUCUCCACUGGUAAGUUUUGUCUCAUAUGGCUGCAGUCUUGCUGCAUCUUUUUUCAGCAUUUUGAAUUUAGUCGUUGAAUUUGGUGUUUGAGGUCUUUGGGGCUUCUUUAUAUGUGUUGCCCAAGUAAAACUGUUUCCAAGGGAAGAACCACAAAAAGUGUUAAUUACUGUACAUUUGUACAACACAUUUAUGGUAGAAAUAUAUAUAUAUAUUUGCCAACAUAUACUGAAAGGUUGCAGCCACAUUUUAUUCAUAAGUUCUCUUCAUUGUGGUGAAACUUACCGGGCAUAACCUAUUGUCAGGGUUCGGAAAAAAACUUGAAUUCCAGUUUGUCCUUUGGGCAAGCAACUCUCAUGUUUUUGUUGCCCCUGGCCACUUCUUUCUCAUUGUAGUUUAUGAUUGUUUGAGGAUGACUUGAAUGGAUCCUUGGCCAUUAGGCAGCAAGUCAUUUUUAAUAGUUACUUGCCCAGCAAAAAGAUCUACUUGUCCCAGACUACCAGGACAGGUCUUUUUUCAAGCCCUGAUUUUGGUAUGUAUUCCUGGGGGCACUGAGACUCACCUUUCAUCACUGGUGAUUUCACACUAUUUAUUACUAUGAGGCCAAACAUCUUUUGGUGGUAAUUUUAGUAGUUAGGCCUUCCUUACAAAAUUUUCAUUGGAAUUUUCGGGUCAACUUCUCAUGGUUUUUCGUGUUUUUCGUCAGUCUCCCUGACUGAAUCCUGCUCGUUCUGGCAUAUAUUGAAAGAUCUCUUUCCUCUGCACAGAUAUCAGAUAACAAAGUUGUCCUUGAGGAAGAGUUGAAAGUUUCUCAGGUGCUUGCAAGGGACAUGGAUUUACAUGGGUGGUUACAGGGCAAAAGGAUUAAUGAAUUAAUCUAUCCUCUUUCAGUUUCAUCCUUAUGUUAUACUGUAUGCAAUAGGCUAUUGAGAAGCCCUCAGGGUAAAAUCUAAAGCACAUUUUAUCUCCGUGUCUUUGAAUCUGAACAGAAACUGUCACUAAAGAAGACUGGGACCAACAUAUAAAAAACCAUACUGAGAAAGUGAAACAGCUUGAGGAGAAAUACAAGAAGAAGUUGACUGAUGCAGGGGUAAGAUUUAUGCAUAAUGGUUAUUUAGAAGCAGAAAAUGUGCCAAUGUGAAAACAGGUUUUAAAUGAUUUCACAGUUCAAUUCAAGUAGAAUUAUGGAGCUGUUUCAAUAUAGUUUGUGUUGAAUGUCAAGGGUCUCACAGUGUGUCUACAUGUUGUGAAGUCUAGUGUCAACAAAACAAAAUAUUUCUUAUUCAUACAGCUAUUUUGAGAAAGGCUGUCAGAAAAAAGUGAAACCCCAAAAGGUGUCUUGGCUAGUUUCAAGUUCCUCACUUCAGCAUUUCAGAAAAAUCUGAAAAAAAGGCCAUAGACUUAUGUUUGUAAGUGUUAGAAUAAGGCAACAAAAAGGAGCUUCAAUAGCUACGGUAAUAGUGUUAGGAACUUACCCAAAUAAUUUACUGAAAAUGGUUUGCAACCCAACAGAUUGUGUGUAAAUUUAAUUUCAUAGCACUAAUUCCAGUGACUGUUGAUAGACUGUCAUUAAAAGCAAGGUCAUGUUUGUUUUUCAGGUGGAUAUUGAGGUUAAACUCCAUGGUGGUAAACCUGGCGAGGCCAUUUGUUGUGUGAUUAAAGAGUGUGAUGUUGACCUUGUGGUGAUGGGAAGCCGAGGGAUGGGUGCUGUUCGACGCACCUUUGUAGGAAGUGUCAGUGACUAUGUUCUUCAUCAUUCUCAUGUCCCAGUUGUAAUUUGCCCCAAAAAAUGA